AUGAGUAGUGGUGGUUUGGUUAGUGCUCUUAGUGGUUGUAAAAGACAAAUGUCAUUUAGUUGGAUUGGUUGGAGUGGUUUGGCUGUACCUGAAUCGGAUCGGGAAUCAGUUCAAUCUAAACUUUCAUCUGAAUAUUCUUGUAAAGCAGUUUGGUUACUUGAUGAAUUAGCAGAUAGACAUUAUAAUGGAUUUUCAAAUUCGAUUUUAUGGCCACUUUUUCAUUAUCAUCCUGGAGAAAUGAAUUUUGAUGAAUCUAAUUGGGAAGCAUAUAAAGAAGCUAAUUCGAUCUUUGCUGAAGCUGUACAUGAAGAUAUUGAAGAAGGUGUUAGUAAAGGUGAAGAUAUUUUAGUUUGGGUACAAGAUUAUCAUCUUAUGCUUUUACCAAUGUUACUCCGUCAGCGUGUUGAUCGUGCUUCUGAGGUCGGCAACCUCACUGGUGGAGCUACCAAACGAGGAAAAGUCUUAAUAGGCUUCUUUCUUCAUACUCCCUUUCCAUCUUCUGAGAUCUACAGGAUUUUACCUGUCCGACGAGAAAUCCUCUUAGGACUUCUACAUUGUGACCUAGUCGGAUUUCACACAUAUGAUUAUGCUCGUCAUUUUCUUUCAUCUUGUACUCGGAUCCUUGGUCUACCUACUAUGCCAAAUGGAUUAGUUUUCGAUAAUCAUUAUGUUCAUGUGGGAUCUUUUCCAAUUGGUAUUGAUCCAAAACAAUUUCAUGAUACCUUGGAGAAAGAAUCAGUCAAGAAACGCAUCGAGGCUCUUAAUCAACGUUUUGAAGGUAUCAAAGUGAUUGUAGGGGUAGAUAGACUUGAUUAUAUUAAAGGUAUUCCACAAAAAUUACAUGCCCUUGAUGUUUUUCUAUCUGAACAUCCUGAAUGGAUAGGCAAAGUAGUUUUGGUUCAAGUAGCUGUACCGUCUCGACAAGACGUUGAAGAGUACCAAAAUCUAAGAAAUAGCGUCAAUGAACUCGUGGGUCGUAUCAAUGGUCGGUAUGGUACAGUUGAACAUAUGCCAAUCCAUUUCUUACAUCGAAGUGUAUCUUUUGAAGAACUUUGUGCACUUUAUGCAAUUAGUGAUGCAUGCUUAGUGACCAGUACUCGAGAUGGAAUGAAUCUUGUUAGUUAUGAAUAUGUAGCAUGUCAAGAACUUCGACAUGGAUGUAUGAUCUUAUCUGAAUUCACUGGAGCGGCUCAUUCAUUAAAUGGUUCGAUCAUUGUGAAUCCAUGGGCAACUGAUCAAGUUGCAGAUGCGAUUAAUCGAGCGAUGGUUAUGUCGGAAUCUAAACGAAAGGAAAACUUUGAAAAAUUAUUUAGUUAUGUUUCGAAAUUUACGGCUGCACAUUGGGGUUUAACAUUUGUGGCAGAGAUGCAGAAAAAUUUAAAAGAACAAGAUGAAGGAAUUGGUGGAGAUGGUCAUCAUAAACGACAAACUACACUUCAAUGA